GGACAUGUGCUUAAAGAAAGCAUUUAUAAUGUUAUACAUGCAUCAUUUAAAUAUUUCAAAUGCAUUUUAUUGCAUACCCAUUAGUUCUUAAGGAAGACACAAAAUUAUCAUUUUAAAAUACAUUAUAAAACAGUCAUGACAUAUGAUUUACUACACACAUAAAUACAACACAACAUUUUAUUGUGAUUAUUUGAGGAAUAUGCUGGGUAUAUAUCGGUCUGUAACUCUAAAAUCUUACAUAAGGCUCUUGGGAUACAUUUUAGCACUAGUUAAAUUUAAUUCAUAUUUACGUGGUUGUUAUAUUUCAUAAAGACAAUUGUAAUUGCUUGCUUUAGUCUGAAAGGGGAGAAAGAAGUAGUACAGUCAGUGAUUGCUACAUUUCCGACAGCGUGUGAAGGCAGCACAGUUUAACAAGGCCGAGUGCCUGCAAGUCAUUUGUUUUGCCUGAGUCGGACGGAGUGGAUUGGACGGCCCGGGGUUCCGCCCACAAACACACAAGGUGGAGUUGACAAGAAAAAACACGCUGGGACAAAAUGAAGCUGUCAAACAGCCGCUAACAAUUAGCUCAAAUCGAGCUUUCGGCGGCGUGGAGAUGGACGGAGGCUGCGGUGUCGACCCGCCAGUCACUUGUCUCCCAACUAAGUGUAACUCGAACACUGAUCGUUUCAAAUCAAAAGCAGAUGCGCGUUACUUCUAGCAAGUUGCGCCGAGGUGUGUGGGAGCUGGGCUGCGGCGGUAGACGGCAGCAGACACCCGCUCGCUUUCAAAAAACGUCCUAUUAAAAACCUAACUCUGCUGCGAUCUAAGGCUCAAAUCAUCUCGCCUCGAUCUCCGGGAGUAAGAAAUAACUCCGCCGGCGGUGCGACACCGGGUGGAAAAUGGUGGACGCCUCGGCGGGGAUGGAGGCGAGGGGCUCGUGCGCGCUGAGUGGAGGGAGACGGCGAGUGAGAUGGAGGCGGGGGGAAGGACCAGCUCUGCGGGGACUGGAGCCCGGGACCGACGGCGCAGUGCUGGCUAUCGUUCAACCCUCCCCUUCUUCCUCCACAGCGACGCGGAGGCUCGCGCCGAUAGACAGGUAAGCCAGCACAGACGCUCUGCACGAGCGAGCGCGGUAAAAAAAAGCUUAUAAAGAUCCAUAGACGUAGAAAAUGCACAUUUGGUGUUCGGUUUUGUCAUUAGUUGCCUUUAGGGGGUAGUUUCUUUGUGGUGGCGACAUAAGCCGCCCGUCGCGGUAGAGCAGGCGACGGAGCAGGUCGGCCAUACCCGAAUUUGUUGUCCUGUACAGCGGGAAGAAUCUGCGCGCGAUACCCGUAGGUGAAUGUGGCAUUUCUUCAAAAUUACCCCCUGUCGAACGCUUCGCGCGCGUCUGCUCGAGCGAAACUCGGCCGCUCGCGCUGCAACGGGGAAAUUUGCGUGGGGGAAUCAACGGUGGUUUCCGCGCCGAGACCUCCAUGCGGCUGUUGGCGGAACAGCGAGCCGCCUCUCUCGGUUAGCCAUCAGGGAUCUCGGUUUAAUAUCUCACCGUGCACAGACUCUCCCUCUCUCUCCCCCUCUCUCUCUCCCCGACGAGCCCAGAACCAGCGACGACCGAGCGACGGAGAACCCGCCUUCUCGUCCUCGCUUAGGCGCUUUCUGGGUCGAGGAGAAGGAGCCUGCGACGCCGCGGUUGUCGUGUUUCGCUCCGUUUUCCCACUGUUUGCAGUGCGCCAUUGGACCUUGUCACGGUAGGUUUCCUGAAGCAUGGCGGACCCUGGAGCCCUUCGUGGCGCCAGUGAAGCCGCGCAGCCUCGCGCGUUUCUGUGUUUCGUACCAACGUUCGGCUACAGUGUACCGUCGCGCGCUCGGCCGUUACCGUCCUAACGGACCCGGUGGCGAAGCGAGCUCCGGGCUCCAACGACCGGUCGUUAACGCUAACGCACGCGUCUCCUUUCUUCCUGCGUCUCCGCACAUCUCUCCGAGGCAGCACCGAGGAACUCUCCUCGGCGUUUUUAGUCUUUAACGAAGCUUCUUCUGAAAAGUCGAAUUUAAAAAAGAAUAACGUUCCUAAAUCACAAUGAGUUCAGUAAAUGAUUUGUAACGUUCAAGCGGUCUAUGUGCAAGCUCCCAAAAAUGGGAUUCCUGGUUAUAUUUACCGCCAAUAUUUCAGCUUUAAGCCAAAUAGUUAAACGUCUUAAUAAAACAACACGCAUUGUAAGAAUGUUAAAUUUCAGCUACAUUUGCCGAGUCCAGACGUCCUUGGCCAUGUAAUGCCCCAGCUCCCAGCGCUCUCAUCCAAGUUAAAAUGUUAAAAAUUGAACUAGUUUCUAUUUUAACCGUUUUAUAUGACUACGGUGGGCUUUUUAGUUUCAUAAAUAUCGCCACAUGGGUCGUUCUAAUGCGGCUGGGUCACAGUGUGGACGCCACAGUGAGCUGGGGCCAUCAAGGACACGACGAACAACGAGCAGCCGCCAUCAUUGGAGCGCCGCUCGGCUACGCCUCGAUGAAGAAUGCACUGGGUUUUUGCCGCCGGAUCGCGGCGUAAAACACCCCCAAAACCCGCACAAACCGGUCUGGGGAUGCGAUUCGAGCGCAUUCGACGACGACGGCCGAAUUAAGAUUUGGAUUCGCCUCGCUUCGAGCCGCCGUGUUGAGGAGAGAUUAUGCAUGGCGGAUCUAGAUCCGCGUCCAACGGUGAUGAGGCGCCGCUUCCGAGUGGCGCAUUUGGCUGCAGUGCUUCCAGGCCACCAUUCCCUCGCAUCGAGCACCGAAAGCAGAUCCCCCGUCCGUGGUCAGCUGGUCGCCUACAGCUGCCCGUCCGUCCACGUCCAUUCGCUUCCUCCUUCCGUGGAUCCUCCCCAACCUCCGCUGCGAUAGAAAAGCCUCCAUUACCGAGCGAAUCGGCCGAGAAAAUGGUCGCUCCCGUGCACCCACGGCACGUUAGCGAUAUCAGACGGAAUAACCACAAAUGAAUGGAGAAAUGGAGGCAAACUCCCAAGACCAAGUCUGGGUACAGGAUGACCUCUUAAAACUGCUGGAGGCCAUGAAGGUGGCCCUUCCUCAGAAGGAUCUGACCAAAUAUAAAACGUCAGAGUCCCACCUUGACUGGCAGAAGGUGGCCUUCAACUCCUAUACAGCUGAGAUGUGCAAGCAGAAGUGGCAGGAGGUCUCUAAAGAGAUUCGUAAAUUCAGGACCCUAACAGAACUAAUAAUUGAUGCUCAGGACUACAUCAAGAACCCUUACAAGGGCAAGAAAAUAAAGAAACACCCAGAUUUCCCCAAGAAGCCAUUGACUCCAUAUUUUCGCUUCUUUAUGGAGAAAAGGGCCAAAUACGCAAAGUUACACCCUGAAAUGAGUAACUUAGACUUAACUAAAAUCCUGUCCAAGAAGUACAGGGAGCUGCCUGACAAAAAGAAGAAAAAAUAUGUGGAUGACUUCCUAAGAGACAAAGAGUCAUUUGUGCAUAGCAUGAUGAAGUUCAGGGAGGAACAUCCAGAUCUUGUUGAGAGUAUGACAAAGAAAGGUUCUAAUGUACCAGAGAAGCCCAAGACACCGCAACAACUAUGGUACAACCAUGAAAAAAAGGCUUUCCUCAAGACACAUCCAGACGCCACCACCAAAGACAUUAAGGACAGUCUGGGAAAACAGUGGACACAGCUGUCAGACAAAAAGAGACUGAAGUGGAUCAGCAAGUCUCUGGAACAGCGGAAACAGUACGAGGAGACAAUGAGGGAGUACAUCCAACAGCACCCAGAGUUAAACAUGACACAAGAAGACAUUGUAAAAUCCACACUGACCAAGGCUGAGAGGCACCUGAAGGACAAAUCCGAUGGUCGACCUGACAAACCGCCUCCAAAUGGUUACUCGAUGUUCUGUGCCGAGUUGAUGUCGAGCAUGAAGGACGUGCCCAGCACAGAACGCAUGGUAAUGUGCAGCCAGAGGUGGAAGCUGCUAAAACAGAGUGACAAGGAUGGUUACCAGAAACGCUGCGAACAGAGAAAGAAGGAGUAUGAAAUAGAGAUGAACCGAUUCCUUAGUAGCUUGUCAGAAGAGGAGCAGCAGCGGGUCUUAGGAGAGGAGAAAAUUGGGUUUAAAAAGGGCAGUGGAGCCAGCAGUCCAGCCUCAAAGAAGAAAAACUCUAAAGCAAAGGCCAAUCCUGAAAAACCCAAAAGGCCCAUUUCAGCCAUGUUCAUCUUCGCUGAGGAGAAACGUCCAAAACUGCAGCAGGAGCGUCCAGACCUUUCUGACAGUGAACUAACAAGAUAUCUGGCACGCAUGUGGAAUGACCUGCCAGAUAAGAAGAAGGAGAAAUAUAAGCGCCUAGAAACCACCCUGAAGGCAGAGUCAGAGAAGAAGGAGAAGGAGGAUCGCAGUCGUCUGCCAGACCCACCCAAGAAUGCACAAGACAUCUGGCAACAGAGUGUCAUAGGGGACUACCUGGCCAGAUUCAAGAAUGACCGGCCAAAGGCACAGAAAGCAAUGGAAGCGACGUGGAGCACCAUGGAGAAAAAGGAAAAGAUCAUGUGGAUCAAAAAGGCGGCAGAGGACCAGAAGAGAUACGAGAGAGAACUGUGUGAGAUGCGCUCACCUGCUGCUGCCAUUGCCUCAGGAAAGAAAAUGAAGUUUGAGGGUGAACCCAAGAAACCACCAUCGAACGGAUAUCAGAAGUUCUCUCAGGAGAUGCUGUCCAACGGAGAGCUGAAUCACCUCCCAAUGAAGGAGCGGAUGGCUGAGAUAGGCAGCCGUUGGCAGAGGUUACCACAGAAGGAGAAAGACCGCUACAAGAAGAUUGCUGAGGAGAAGCAGCGGCAGUACAAAGUCCUGCUGGAACAGUGGCUUGCUAGCUUGUCUUCACAAGAGAGGAACACUUACAAAGAGUACAAUUCACAAAAACGAAGAACCACAGCAAAACCAGGAGGCCCAAAGGCAAAGUCCAAAAAAUCUGAAACAGAGGAUGAAGAGGAUGAUGACGAGGAUGAGCAGGAGAAGGCAUCCUCUGAAGCAGACUCAUCCAGCGACGACGAUGAUGAUGACGAUGACGACGACGACGACGAUGAUAAGGAUGAAGAGGAGGAUGACGACGAUGAUGACGACGACGAUGAUGAUGACGAUGAUGACGACGACGAGGCAGAAGACAAGGAGAACAAGUCUGAGGACAGCAGCAGCGAGUCGAAUUCAGCGUCGGAGUCCGAUUCAGACUGAAACGGGCCAAUGUCACCUUGAGACUAACUGAGCAGCGCUGAGCUGAGCCAAGAGUCCAGGGAGCUCUGCCACUGUGCCAACCCUGCUUUCCUCCCACCACCAGAGGGAGCCCCUCGUUUAAGUCACACUCACCAGCUUUAGUUUGCUGCAAUUAACGAUCUGUUCCCAUGGAGGGAUACCCCUUAUGUCCAAAAUCAGUUCUAUUCCCUUCUCAGUGUGUUGAUCAUUUCACAGCAUGGGCUGCUGACGUCAAGCCAAAAACCCCACAGGUUUGGUAACAGACAUUUCUUCCGCUGGUUUUAAUAUAGAUGUUUUUGAGUUGGCAGGUUUAGGAUUUUGUUUUUAUUGUGGAUGGUGAAGAAUUGCCCUCCAGUGUUGGUUGUAUACUUCUGGUAAUUCUGUAAAGUCAGCUGGGGUGAGUUGUGAACAGGCUUCAUCAAGCCAAAGAACAUGGCGUGGAGAGGGGCUGCGCAGGGUACUGAAAAAUUGCACUCUUCAGAAUGUUUCCUUUUUAUUUUUUCAAGAACACUGUUACAUUGUUCUCUUUUCUCAAGUUUUAUUGUUUGGUUCUUAAAGAGGUGGUUUUUGCAGGAGAAAAAUCAAGCCAUUAUGAAUGUCUAGUUUUGUUGCUGGAAUUUUUUUUAGAACUGAACCGACCCUUGUUCUCAUUGAAAUCAUUCAGUGCCUAUAAAGUCUUCACACCCAUUUGGCUUUCAUAUGUUUUGUUUUACAGCAUUGAACUAAUGUGACUUUUUGUAGCUACUUCUCAGUAAAUUCAUAUUUAAAGGAAAACUACAAAUUUAUGGGAAAUGUUCUGUAUUAUACACAUGAAUCUUGGUUGUUGUUGUUAGAUAUGCUCCAGGUGUUUGAUACAACUGACUCUUAGACACUGGUCUCUAACUCAUGUUGGCAUCAACAAAUUGGACAAAUGCGAUUUUCUGUGAUGUCACAGAAAAAAAUCUAUCGCUGCAGAUUACGCGUAAAUACACAACUCUAGAGCAGUCAACUCACUAAUGGACGGGUGCACCAACACAAAAUAAACUCCAAUUCUGAACAUUUGAAUGGUUAUCUUAAAUUCACAACCUCCAAGAUUAAUUGAUUUCACUUUAAUUACACACUGAAGUCAUUUGCACUCAACUUAUGUAACUUCAAAUUCAAAACGCUGUUAUAUCAUCAUUAGAAUUGUGUAAUUCUGACAAAUUUAUCAAAGGUCAGAGGGAGGUGGAGCACUGUUUAUAGGACCUGUGGAACCCAUUAGCACUUGUCUGUUAUGUAAAGCUGUCAUCAGAAUUUGCUGACGUGUUUUGUAAAGAAAUCCAAACUUCUGAAACAAUUCUGACUCGGUUAAACCGUAUUUCUUUGUCUGGCCUGGCGAUAAAUGUCUAGUCUGUCACUGAAGGAAUAACAUCAUUGUUCCACAUUUAGAGCUUGGUCUGACUGUUUAUAAAGAAUAUGUGAUGCAAUUAGUGUAUGUUACAUCUCUGAACUAUUGUUUUACAUUAAUUUUACCGUUAAUUUGAACUGUUAAGAGGUUUGUGUUGAUUAUGAGGAGCUUUGUUCAUCUGAAAUCAUUUGUGGAGCUUGAGCUGGAUGAUUUCAUCUUUUUUUUAAAAUUUGCUUUAGUAUAAACUGUAACACAUCUGUUUCUCGUCUGAUCUGAAUCCCAAAAAAGUGUGCACUUAUUGUAAAUCUUUCCCUCUGUGUGCUGUUCUGUGUAAAUAAGAGGGUGAGGUCAUAUGUGUUUCUUUGCUUUAAUAUGUGCUGUUCUUUUGCUGUUUUGUUGCACACUAUGAUGUGACUGCAGCGAGCAUGUCUGCCUAUGUGGGGACAUCAUACCAAUACCAUGAAUGUAGAUAUUGGAGAAUUUUCUUUUCUGUCCAAAGGUCUUUAGUAAUGUUUUUGCUCAGAGCUGUUGUGUCAUUCAUUAUUUGACACAGACUAAUGGCAUCUGUAACUCGGGUUUCUCUGUUUACAGAAAGAUGAUGACAUGGCAACUGUUAAUAUUCUGGAAGGAAUGAAUUGAUUUUCUUAUGAGUUGUGUAACAGACUGAUAAAAAAACAACUGUGUGAACUAUAUAAAUGCCAGGGAAAGGAACAGGAAUAUUGAAAGUUUGCAAAAGGGAAUGGUAGGAAAUAAUUUGCUAGUGGAUUUGUGGUUUAAAAAAAGACUUGUAAUUUUUGUAAAUAUUGUUUUUUGUAUUAAGUGCUUAUUGUUUUGUUAGUACUUAAUUUGGCAAACCCUCAUCUGUGACUUCUGAGGCCAGUGAGUCUUUCACUCACGGAGGGAGAACCUCUGGUUAAAUCACUUGUUUUAGUUGUUUCUUCUCUCCCUCCUGUUGGGUUAGAGGAAGACAGCAAAGCUUUACAAGUUUGUACUGCUGAUUUGACAAAAUUUGAUGUUUUCUAUAGCUGAGGGUGUUCUUAUGUCCUUGUAGUUUAAGUAUUUGGGCAAAUAAAACAAUGAUCUUUAAAAA